AUGAGGUUGUACAGAAGUAAUGGAAUAGAUGACUAUUUAACAGACAUGACCUUUUCUAUACGAGAGAUAGCGGCUAGUCUGAAUCAUUUAACAAGAAAUAAUCAAUAUAACCCUUUUAAUUAUGACAGAAGGGAAUAUAGUUGUAAUUGUGAAGAAUCGAUACGUAAAUUAUUAUCUAUAGUCGAGGAGCUUGCAUCACGAACAAAGAAUCCGCCUGCACCAUCACCUAUUCAAGUUGUAUACAUUCCGUAUCCAGUGCCUGUAAAUAUCAAAGGUAUACAAGAAAAUGUGAGCGUUGGGUUUAGAUCAAUAGUCCUGGACGAUCCAAAUAGAGUUUGGCUGGAUUCACCAAAGGAGGUAUCAGCUGAAGAUGAAGACGACGAUGGUAAAAGACCGGUCUCAUUUAAACCAAUUUCUCCAAAGAGGCCUACGAGCAAACCUCCUCAAUUCGAACACGGCAGCAAGCAAGAAAGGAUUCAAACAACGACUCCAAGGUCAUUUAAAAAGCAUACCGUAUGUGAAGGAGCCGUAUUAUCGUGUUGCGGAUUGGAAAAUGAAGAACGCAGCGAAUGUUUCGCCAGCUAUAAAUGCUUAAAGAAUUACGAUCUCAAACAAGCCUGUCAUCCUAAAGCCAUAGAAAUGGUUCUUAAUAAAUUUAAAAAAAUUUAUGGUCCCGUCGAUGACUAUUAG